AUGUAUAAUUCUGGUAUCCCUCAACCUGCUUCGGCAUUGAAGCGAUCAAACUCCAACUCUAGGCCAUCAAACUCCCGCAUGUCACUGGCUGCUCGUCCCGCCUACAACCAGCCAGACGUUGUGUCGACUGCAAAGCGAGAUCCUUCGAGAUACUCCGCGCGCAAAUCCUAUGCUCCCUCUAGCCAGCCUCCCCCGUCCCAGCGUCGCAGUAGCGUUAUGCGUCGCUCUUCCAUGGGUGUGGCGGCCUUCAGCCAAAUGAACAGUUUCUUCAGUAGUGCUGCAUCCGCAACUGUUCAGAGAGAUCCGAGGCCACUCAAAGACUCUGCAUAUCGACAGGAAAUUGCUAGCAAAGUAUUUGAGUACGUCGUCAACAAUGGGUUCGAGUUAGAGAUGAAGCAUACGCUCGGUCCCAAUUCCCUUAAGAGUCCUACCCAGAAGGAUUUCUCGAUGGUGUUCCAGUGGCUGUACAAAAGACUUGACCCAAACUACAAUUUUCAGAAAGCGAUUGAAAAUGAAGUCUUACCCAUCUUAAAAACCCUCCGAUACCCCUACGCUAGUACAAUCACCAAAUCGCAACUAGCAGCAGUUGGGUCCAUGAAUUCGUGGCCGCAAUUCUUGGGAAUCCUACACUGGAUGAUGGAGUUGGCGGUCACUAUGGAACGCUUUCAAUCAGGGGAAUUCGAUGACGCAGCUGCGGCAGAAGGCGUGGACAUUGCAGCGGAAAAGAUCAUUUUCAGGUACCUUACCCGCUGUUACUCAGCAUGGCUUGUGGAGAACGAUGACCACGAUGAAUUCUUGGAGGAGAUGGCUGCCUCUUUUGAAGACCGACAAUCGGGAUACAAGGAGGAGUUAGAAAUGCUUGAAUCAGAGAACGAGCAGCUCAAAAAACAACUUGAAGGAAUGGACGAAUCUGCCGAUCCCCUCAAGAAGUUGGAGGAUACCCGAAUUCUUCUCGAAGGUGAUAAACAAAAAUUCGUCAACUACGUUGAGCGCCUAGAACUCCGCAUCCCGAAGGUUACCGCAUCCAAUCAAAAGCUCAAGGAAGAGAUUGAGGUCGUUGAACGAGAACUUGCAGAGUUGACAGCCGAAAAGCAAAGUCUCCAAGAAGCUGUCGACAAACAAGGCCUGACACCAGCGGAUAUAGACCGCAUGAACAACGACCGUGAAAAGCUCUCCAAGUCCCUUUCUCUUAUCUCCUCCAAAAUCACUGAAGCUAGGAUCCAACUGGCGGAGCGCGAAUCCGAGGCUUCAUCAAAACUCGAAGCUCUCGAACGCUCGGUAUCGAGGUACAACUCGCUGGCGUAUCAAAUCGGCAUUAUACCCUCGUCAUCUCGAAAUGCCGAGGGAAAGGACUUUGAGCUCCUUAUUCUCCCAGCCCAGACUCCCGAAAACAAGCUACUCGCGGACGAGGUUGGAUAUCAGCCAGCUCAGCUUCUUAAUCGUGAUCUACGACAUGAUAUUAAACCAGCUCUCAAUAGACUCCGGCAAGAAAUUGGAGCACGAAUCCACGAGGCCCAGGACGAAGCUAUCAAGACUCAAGAGUUGAUAGAUCGCAUAGUCGAGACAUUGGCAGAUAAGCGGGAUGAGGUUGACACUCUGCAUGCUAAAGUCCGCACCGCAGUUGAUGAAUACCAGGAGCUCAAGGAGACUACGGCAGCGGAGGGAAAUGCAUCAAAUGCGGAAAUUGAAAAGCUUGAGAAAGAGCUCGCAAGCAUGAGAUUAAACAUGUCUAAUGGCGUCUUGGCUUUGGAGCAACGUAUGCAGAGCGUUACCAUUGAGCGCGAUCAACUGGAACAUGCUUGCCAUGCCCUCCGGGAAAAGUUUCACGGAGAGGUUGAUAAGAUGCUUCAUGAAGUCAUCAAGUUUAAGGUGCACAUUCAAGAAAGCCUGGAAAACUACGAAAAUCUUGUGGAGGAAGAGUUGGCGGGUAACAACAAACUUCUGGAUAGUUAGGCCAUAGUUUUAUAUGCUGCCGUGUUUCCUUUAAUAAUUGCCAUGAUGGUAUGAGCCGCGAGGGUGUAAUGUUGAUUUUGUCAAAUUGGUUCUUGUUUGAGUGGAGUUCAUGUUAUCUUCUUUGUCUUAUACCUAGGGUCACGCUUCUAGGUGGUUGGUGGCUAAUUGAUAGUUUUUUUAGUUU